AUGUUCAAAAAGGUCGAGCGUAUUACAUGUGUUGGAGCGGGUUAUGUCGGUGGACCCACAUGUGCGAUGAUCGCCUAUAAAUGUCCCGACAUCCAGGUUACGGUGGUCGAUAUGAAUAUGGACAAGAUUACGCAGUGGAAUUCGGACAAUCUGCCAAUUUAUGAGCCAGGCCUGGACGACAUCGUAUUCGCGGCACGUGGUCGAAAUCUUCAUUUCGUCACGGAUAUCCCACGAGCGAUACGUGAAGCCGAUCUGAUUUUCAUAUCGGUGAACACCCCUACGAAGAUGUACGGUAGAGGAAAGGGAAUGGCCCCUGAUCUGAAGUACGUCGAGUCGGUAUCACGUACUAUUGCCCAGUAUUCUGAAGGUCCAAAGAUAGUGGUUGAGAAAAGUACGGUACCGGUUCGAGCUGCCGAAAGCAUCAACUGCAUUCUUCGAGAAGCCCAACGUAACGAUCCACGUCUGUCUUUUCAGGUGCUGUCCAAUCCGGAAUUUCUAGCUGAAGGAACAGCCAUUAGAGACCUGUCUAAUCCGGAUCGUGUACUGAUCGGCGGAGAAACUUCACCUGAAGGAGCGGCCGCUGUUGCCGAGUUGGUGCGAAUCUAUGAGCACUGGGUACCACGAGAUCGAAUCAUCACCACAAAUACCUGGAGUUCCGAACUAUCCAAACUGGCUGCCAAUGCUUUCCUUGCCCAACGGAUAUCAUCGAUCAAUGCAAUAUCAGCAAUCUGUGAAGCUACGGGAGCUGAUGUACAAGAGGUCGCUCAUGCGAUCGGCUUCGAUUCGCGGAUCGGGAACAAAUUCCUGCAAGCCAGCGUGGGAUUCGGUGGCAGUUGCUUUCAAAAGGAUGUCCUUUCAUUGGUGUACCUGAGUGAAUCACUUCAUCUCCAAAAAGUUGCCGAUUACUGGAUGGGAGUUAUCGAAAUCAAUAAAUGGCAACGUCGUCGAUUCUCUGACAAGAUCAUCGUUGAGCUGUUCAAUACCGUAGCCGAUAAGAAGAUCGCCGUAUUUGGUUUUGCCUUCAAGAAGAACACCGGUGAUACGAGGUACGACGGGUGGUUUUUCUACUUAAAUAGUUGUAAAGGAAAGUCACUUAAUAGCUCCCGGUCGCGUAUACGGUGUGAGAUCUUGCUGACAGAUUCCAAAAAGUCCUCACUCCAUUCAAAAUGA